CUGUGUUCCGGCUGCUCGUCGUGUGCACAAGCCUCCGUGCAAAUCAUUAACCGGCAGUCUCGGGCAGUCUGCGUGACACACAGGCGCGUUUUGCACCCGGUUCUGUUUUCCCCGGACGCUAUAAAAGCGCCGCACCUCCUCCAGGAAUCACAACACUCAGACAAGACGCUUCACCUUCUGAGGAAGAACAACUCACCUACUGGAAAAAAUGGACCCUUGCGAGUGCGCUAAAUCUGGAACAUGCAGCUGUGCAGGAUCCUGCAAGUGUAAGGACUGCUCCUGCACCUGCUGCCAGAAGAGCUGCUGCCCCUGCUGCCCAUCAGACUGCAGCAAAUGUGCCUCCGGCUGUGUUUGCAAAGGGAAGACCUGCGACACGAGCUGCUGUCAGUGAGGAGCCUGCAACAGCAUCCCUACUCCUGCCCUUGUGAUGGAGCAAUGUGAACAACUAAUGGUUAAAUUUGCAGAUGUCUAGAGCAUAGUGUUUUGUACUCUUCUUUGGUGUUAAAAUAAACAUGUUUGAUUAAGGAAAA